CGUCAUUAAAAAUUCAAGACAAACAACACAUAAAACCAUAAUAAAAGAACUUAAUAAAUUAAUUUAACUUCUUUUGUUUAUCUGUUUUUAUCUCGAUCUCUAUUAAUUGAUUACGUAAAAUAUACUCAAUAUGUCUAUCUACAAGGACUUACCUGAUGAACACCCUCGCAAACUAAUUCCAGAAUUAUGUCGUCAAUUUUAUCAUUUGGGUUGGGUAACUGGCACCGGAGGUGGUAUCAGUAUGAAACUUGACCAUGAAAUCUAUAUUGCACCAUCUGGAGUCCAAAAAGAACGUAUUCAACCAGAAGAUUUAUUUGUCCAAGACAUCGAUGGCAAGGACAUACAAUUACCUCCUGAAUACAAAAAGUUAACCAAGAGCCAAUGUACUCCUUUGUUCAUGCUGUCUUACCGGCAUCGUGGAGCAGAGGCAGUUAUACACACCCAUUCCCAACAUGCUGUCAUGGCCACUCUCCUCUGGCCUGGCGAUGAAUUCCGUUGCACUCAUUUGGAAAUGAUUAAAGGAAUCUAUGAUGACGAAAAGAUGCGUCACUUGCGUUACGAUGAACAACUUGUUGUUCCCAUUAUCGACAAUACACCGCAUGAAAAAGACCUCGCCGAUUCGAUGUACGCUGCCAUGAUGAAAUAUCCCGGCUGUAGUGCAAUCUUGGUUCGACGUCACGGCGUCUACGUGUGGGGUAAUAGUUGGCAAAAAGCCAAAACAAUGGCCGAAUGCUAUGAUUAUUUGUUUUCAGUUGCCGUCGAGAUGAGGAAGUGUGGUCUUGAUCCUGAGAAAAUUAAUUUGUAAACGUGCCGGCAUAAAGUGGCUGUGAUUUUUUUUUUCUUUGUAUUCUUUUUAUCUUCUUUGUAACUUUUUAAAAAGAUUUCUUCUUUUUGUUGUUUUCAAAAAAACAAAAAAUGAAGUAAACUUUCUAUAAGCAGAAAUGCAUUUAUAUUCAAUUUAAUGAAAAAGUGAAGUCGAUAUUGAGAUUCAUAUAAAUUUUCCAACGGUAUGUCGACUUUUUGUUUCUCUUUUUUUUUUUUUAAAUACUUCUCAUGUUACACAACUUGUUAACCUCUUUUGCAGUUUAUUUUGUUAAAAAAAUAUAUAUUAAAAAAAUGUUCUCUUUGA